AUGCCGUUCUAUGAAGUUACAGUGAUAACAAGAUCGCUGUCUAAAGUAUGUUUUUUUGUUUUUUUCUUCUUCGGUUUUUCAUGCGAGUUUUUUUAAUGUAUUUGAAAGUCUUGGGUUGAGCGACAUUCCAAGUUUAUACUCACUUCAAAGUUUUACUUUUUAAUUGCGUCAAAAUUCGUCAAAACGUAGUGAAAGACCUGUAGCACAAGGAAAAAUAGCUUUGAGCUUUAAAAUUUUUUCAGAGUAGGUGAUUUUCGAAAAAAAAAAGUUGGCUUUUCGGCGUUAUUGGCGGAUCUCGUUUUUGACUAUAUUUUGAAAUCUCGUUCACUUAGAAAGCUUUCAUGUUUCCAAUGACGUGUAUCGGGCCAUAAUAAAUAUUCAUGUGAAGUUUUACAGCAAUCGGGAUUAAUUGAAAAAAGGUAUGGUCAAAAAUAUGAGUGUUCGUGUCUUUAUGACCGGUACUGUUUCUCGCGAUAUAUCUUUGUAGUACUCAUUUCUUCUGAGCCCUCUAGGAAUUCCAAUUUCACCUAUUACCCGAAAUCAUUUUGAACGAAAAACGCGUCAAUUUUGAAAUCGCCGAAAUUACUUUGAACACGGCAUAAAAGACGAUCGAAAAAACUGAACAAAGGUGAAAACGCGCAUUGAUGGGGAUUUUAGGGAGGAUACACGUGAAGUUCUCUGUAAAAAUACCGGUGGAAGAAUUCUUUUUCUCCAGUUAUAUUAAUCAAGUUUUCCAGUCAAACCUCGUCAAAGCUUUGGUUCGCGCUGGCAAUACUCUACUAAACAAUGGGGCAGUCAUCGAAAAGGUUUCAGAAAGAUUUUUACUCGAAGAAAUGUCCUGUUUCGUUGAGGUGGAAUCGUUGGGGCACCGAGAUUUGCCAUAUAAACGGAUAGCGAAACAAACUAAAGAGCCUGUAUACGCUGCCAAGUAAGGUGUCAGAGGAAAAUGGUCUCUUGAAAGCGUGAAUUCCAGUUUCUUUCUUUUCCAAACCCAUAUGUCGACAGAUGCUCGCAAAAAGACGAAAUCGAUUCUGAUCAAUGAUUUGGAUACGGUUAAUAACAAUUUUUUUUCGAGGUGAUAAAAAAAAAGAUUUUUUUCAAGGUUCAUGUCGAUGUUCUACCUGUUGAAACGGCGAACAUAGACGCUCCGUGCAAUUUAGAGGAAAUUUUGAAGCCACCGGCGGAAAGAACGGUUUCUUUUUUUUUUGGUGCUUUCCUGUGUUUCUGAAGGUUUAUUAAUCUUUUUCCUCAUCGGUGCUUUUGAGGGUAUGCUAUAAAGGCGUGCCCGGUCGCACCGGUCACAUCUUUUAAACGUUCGUACUUUGUAGCAUGUCGCUUUCGAGCGCUGAGCGCUUUGAAUUACUUGUAGUUGGGAAAAAAUAGGUAGUACGAAAAAAAAAUGCGAGUUUUUGAACAGCGACCAUACAUGGGCUAACCAACUACUUUUUGUGACGUCAUCACGUACCCCCCUUGAAAAAGUACGUACUCCCCUCGAAAAAGUACGUACCCCCCCGCGGAAAACUAUCAAUGUGAAAUGAUUAUUAAAGUUAAUAUAAGAAUUGAAUGAGACUAUUAUCUUGUUUCGCGGGCUUUUGGAAGUAUAUUCAGCUAGGUGUCAAUACUCCAAAACAGAAAUAUUUCAACUUUUAGCGUAGACCCCCAAAAUCCGAAAAUCGAUCUGUUUUCAAUGUUAUCCUACAUUAUGAAGUGAGUUUUAUGAUCUGGCCAAGUUUCAAGCCGUUUGGAUGAGUUUUAAGAAAAAUAAUUUUUUGGGUCACCGGAAAUUGAUAUUUUGAAAUUUUGAAUUUUUUGGCUCAAAAUCACUAUCAACCUUGAGUUAACCCUAAAUGAGGUAUAUGCUACAAGUUUCCAGGCUUCCGGACGUUUUUUGACCAAGUUAGAGUGUUUCAAAGCGUUGUCACUUGACGGUUUGCGUACCCCCGUACUCCCCCAAAAAUCCGAAAAAUCGAUCUGUUUUUCAAUGUUAUCCUACAUUAUGAAAUGAGUUUUAUGAUCUGGCCAAGUUUCAAGCCGUUUGGAUGAGUUUUAAGAAAAAAAUAAUUUUUUUGGGUCACCGGAAAUUGAUAUUUUUGAAAUUUUUGAAUUUUUUUGGCUCAAAAACAUUAUUAACCUUGAGUCUACCCUCAAUGAGGUAUAUGCUACAAGUUUCCAGGCUUCCGGACGUUUUUUUGACCAAGUUAGAGUGUUUCAAAGCGUUAUCACUUGACGGUUUGCGUACCCCCGUACUCCCCCAUAAUCCGAAAAAUCGAUCUGUUUUCAAUGUUAUCCUACAUUAUGAAAUGAGUUUCAUGAUCUGGCCAAGUUUCAAGCCGUUUGGAUGAGUUUUUAAGAAAAAAAUAAUUUUUUUGGGUCACCGGAAAGUGAUGUUUUUGAAAUUUCGAUUUUUUUCCUUGUUUCGUUUUGAGAAAUGACCUAGUAGAUGUAAGAAUCCAUGCUGAUCUCGAUUCCGCUAGUUUCAAUCCAAAAAAACACGAGAUAAAAAAGUUAUUCGGUAAUCUUACCCAAAAUUACAUGUUUUUUGGAGUUUUCGGGUCUUAGAUGGAAAACUCGCCUAAUUCAUGUUUUGCUCAGUAGAUAGAGUAUUUUUUUUUGUGGUUUCGAAAGCAACAAGACAAUACGCCGGACGGCAACGUCAUAUACUGGUUUUGAUUUUUUUGAGAAAAGUUCUCUAAUAUGAGCAAUAAUAAGCAAUAAUGAAGUGAUAGAUUUUCAAAAAUUGAAUAAAAUUAUAUUGCACCUCAUUACAAACUUUGGUUGAGUUUCGUCGAAUUUUUGUCAAGAUAUAGAUUUUCGAAGGGGUCUACCGUACUUCUUUGAGCCACCGUAUCUCGAAAACGGCUCGAGUGAGGAUAUUCAGUUUUUUUUUCAAAAAAUCGCAAAAAUCGUGUUCUACAACAUAUUUGAUUUGGAGAAAAUUUCACCCUAACGCUCAUUUUUUUUUCAACUCAUCCUCACGGCGUUAACAUACAGUGAAAGCGGAGCGUAAAUUUUGCCACCAUGCGUCCCGGUCGGGAACCACUGUAACUUGGUCAAAAAACGUCCGGAAGCUUGAAAAUUUGGAGCAUAUACCCAUAUUAGGGUAGACUCAAGGUUAAUAAUGUUUUUUUGAGCCAAAAAAAUUCAAAAAUUUCAAAAAUAUCAAUUUCCGGUGACCCAAAAAAAUUAUUUUUUUCUUAAAACUCAUCCAAACGGCUUGAAACUUGGCCAGAUCAUAAAACUCAUUUCAUAAUGUAGGAUAACAUUGAAAAACAAAUCGAUUUUUCCGAUUUUUGGGGGAGUUCGGGGUACGCAAACCGUCAAGUGACAACGCUUUGAAACACUCUAACUUGGUCAAAAAAACGUCCGGAAGCUUGGAAACUUGUAGCAUAUACCUCAUUUAGGGUUAACUCAAGGUUGAUAAUGUUUUUUUGAGCCAAAAAAAAUUCAAAAAUUUCAAAAUAUCAAUUUCCGGAGACCCAAAAAAAUUAUUUUUUUCUUAAAACUCAUCCAAACGGCUUGAAACUUGGCCAGAUCAUAAAACUCAUUUCAUAAUGUAGGAUAACAUUGAAAACAGAUCGAUUUUCGGAUUUUGGGGGAGUACGGGGGGGUACGCAAACCGUCAAGUGACAACGCUUUGAAACACUCUAACUUGGUCAAAAAACGUCCGGAAGCCUGGAAACUUGUUGCAUAUACCUCAUUUAGGGUUAACUCAAGGUUGAUAGUAAUUUUGAGCCAAAAAAUUGUAGAUUUCCAGAAAUCAUUUUCUUAUGGGGUCAGAAGUUGAUUAUUUUUUUUAAUUUUCCAAAAGGCUUAAAAUUUGGUGAGCAUGUUAGUAUCAUCCAUUGGUACCAUUUAAGCUAGAAUUCAGGUCGAUUUAUCAGCUCUGGAAUUUUUUAUAAGGCUAUUUCUACGAUUCCCCGCAAUUUUAUCUACCGUUCGGAGCUCGGCAAAAAGAUAGGCAACGAAUUUCCUACUAAAUGUACUUUGAAAAGCUCGAUAAAUAAUAUGGAUGCAUUUUCCGCGGCUUAGAAAGCCAUCUGAAUGAAUAGGGGGGCCCGAAAGGGAAAAACAGCCUGUUAGCCCACGUAUGACAGCGACUUUUCCGAUUUUUUCAUAUCACUAGGGAACUAUCCGAAUGCGGGUUUUAUAAGAAGAUCCAUCAAAGUUGCAACCCGCGUCAGCUUCUAGUUUUUGAGAUAACGAAUUUUGAACGUCGAAAAGUUGUGAAAAAUGGGUGGUAAAACUUUGAUGGAUCCUCAUCGAAACCUUCAGAGAUUUUUUGGAAAAAUUUGUAGAAAACUUCAAGCCGCGAAUUAAAAUGCGAUCCUUGUGGGGUCCAAUUCUGUGCUAAACGCGAACUUCAAAAAUUAAUAUCUCAAUUACUAGAAGUUUGCGCAGGUAGCGAUCAUGAGAGAUCUUCAUAUAGACUGUCAGGGAGUUUUUGAACGAAUCGGAAAAGUCACCGUAGGAAGUUUCGCUGGUUUUUAUUUCAUGCCACCGAAAAAAAGAUUAUUUUUGUUCCUUAUUGAUUUCAUUUUUUGCCAUCAAAUUUAAACUUCUUACAGCAAACUUGCUCUCAAAGAUGAGCUUUCCAUAUUCCUUCCUAAGGAUUAUCAAAAAAAAAAAAAGCUUCUAGUUCCAAUUCUCCACGGUAGUUUCGAUUUUUUUUGUGCCGUGUAAGAAGUAAUUUCGGCUAUUUCAAGAAUUUCGAAAAUGCAGGAAAUACGUUGGACACAAUAUCAUAAAAUUCCAUUCCGAUCAUUUGAAAGUUUCUUUUGAAUAGUAAAAGUUCCGCGUUCAUAGGCAAAGUCGGAAGGACCCUCCGAGGGUCUAUAUCGGUUCAUAGAAAUGUUCCUUUUAGGGUGAUGAAGGCUCCCUUUUUACUGCUUUUUGCGCCAUUUUCUCAGCCCAUAUAAACCCUUUUUGCUGCCUCUCCCUUUCUCCAACAUUUCUCGAGUCUUCAAAAUCCCAGAAAAAUUGAAGGCUCAAUAAAGGGACUCUCUUUGCUGCCUUUCGCUGCCUUUAUUGAAACGUAUUGAAACGAUAAAAAAGGUACAGGCCUGCUUGGUGAAGAGCGCAUGCAGACCACGCCAGUUUGCGUUCAAAGCCAGUCUGCAAUCGACUAUAGACGGAAAUUUCUUUGAAAAAAUAUUUUUUUAGGCUGUGAAAGAGCUCCGAGAAAAUCAAAAACUCGGUCAUUUUCCCCGUCAGAUGAUCUACAAACGAACUGAGAAAGAAUGGAAGAGCAUCCCGAAAAGUUAUACAAUCGCACCCCCAAGGCCAUGA